CCAAGUCAGUGGUCAAAGCACCUGCAGCCGUGAUAUAAAAAAUGUGGUUGCUAAAAUUAAUAGCCGGUUUGUUAAGUCUGGGAUUGGUUAUAGCCUUGCCAGCGGAUUCGGAAAGAGCAAGUGUGGUGACCACUGUGACCCUCGUUAAAGGACAUGGCUAUGUGAUCGAGGAGCACGAGGUGCAGACCUCAGAUGGUUACAUCCUGACCAUGCAUCGUAUUCCCUACUCCAAGAACACUGGUAACGAUGGCCGACGACCUGUCGUCUUCCUCAUGCACGGAUUGUUGUGUUCCUCCUCGGACUGGGUGCUCGCAGGACCCCACAGCGGACUAGCUUACUUGCUGUCCGAGGCGGGCUACGAUGUGUGGAUGGGCAAUGCCAGGGGCAACACCUACUCCAAGAAGCAUGCCACCAAAUCCCCGCUCCUUCAGCCGUUCUGGAACUUUGAGUGGCACGACAUUGGGAUCUACGAUCUGCCCGCAAUGAUGGACUAUGUACUCUACCGCACUGGUGUGGAUCAACUGUCGUAUGUGGGUCACUCCCAGGGCACCACCUCCUUUUUCGUCCUCAACUCGAUGAUCCCCCGCUUCAAGAGUCGCAUCAGGUCGGCUCAUCUGCUGGCUCCCGUGGCCUGGAUGGAGCACAUGGAGAGUCCUUUGGCCACGGUGGGCGGUCCCCUGUUGGGUCAGCCCAAUGCCUUCGUGGAGCUCUUCGGCAGCGCCGAGUUCCUGCCCAACACGCAGCUGAUGAACCUGUUCGGAGCCCUUCUCUGCAGCGACGAGGCCAUCUCCCAGUUUAUGUGCUCCAACAUCCUGUUCCUGCUGGGCGGCUGGAACUCGCCGUAUCUCAACGAAACCAUGCUGCCGGAAAUCAUGGCCACCACUCCGGCUGGCUGUUCGGUCAACCAGAUCUUCCACUACCUGCAGGAGUACAACUCGGGCUACUUCCGGCAGUUCGACUACGGCUCGACGCGCAACAAGAAGGAGUACAGCAGCAAGACUCCGCCGGAAUACGACGUGGAGGGCAUCGAGGUGCCCACCUAUCUGUACUACAGUGACAACGACUACUUCGCCAGUCUGAUCGACGUGGAUCGCCUCCGGUACACCAUGAAUCCAAAGGCCCUUAGAAGUGCGUACCGCCUGCCGGAGGAGCGUUGGAACCACAUUGAUUUCUUGUGGGGUCUGAAUAUCAAGGAAAUUCUUUACGACCGAGUUAUUGAUGACAUAAAUAGUGCAUAAUAAAGCUAUUUACCAUUGUGAUAAAAAAAA